AUGGGCACUUCCGAUGAUCUCCCUCCUUCCUACAACGAAGCCAUCUCUGGUGUAGACUCUAAAGUCAGACCAUCGACAAGUUCAGUGUUCUGGUCCCCCUUAUCAAACCACAUACGCGCGCUACCCGAAUUACUUCGCCAGACCAUUGCUGCCCGAAAGACAUCUCAAGAUGUUAGGGAUGCGAAUACCAUCAUGUUGAUGCUUCCUUCCGUCGAGGACUUUCUUAGUCGCCUAUCAUCUGGAAGAUUGCUUGAUUGUUUUGGCAACAUUCCUCGCAUUUCUGAACUGACGCUCGUGCCAGCUGUGGCUGUGCCCGAGGGCUGGGAGCUUACCGGUGCCAGGGAACGUGUUCUUGAAGGAGAAGUCGUCGAGGUCAGUCGGGUUGAAGACCCUGCUCACACCAAGGAUGGCAAGAGUAGUAGACAAAGGCCACACCGGCCGAAGUUAAUCAGUACUCUAAGAGACGAAGUUGAUGAGACCAUUGACGAAUGGGGUUGGUUCGAGACAGAAGAGCUCGGGGACGGAAAAGGGUUCUCAGGAGAUCCGUUAUGGUGGGACGAUGAAGAAAUGGCUAAGAGACUGGCAAAGCGGUUACAGCCAGAGCCUGACUUGGAUAGAAAGAAAGUUCAUGCUAUUGUUAUUGAGCGGAAAACAGCAACGCGUGAGGAAAAGUUGGGGUGGAUUGCUCGGUUGGGUUUUGGGGGAAGUAAGUCCAAGAAAGCGGAUAGGGAUCAGGUCUCGACGACAACUUUGCCUUCGACCCCAACUAGUGCCCCCGACAGUGCUGAAGCCUCUUCCUCCCCGGUUAAGAUGAUCGCAAAGGUUGGGGAGGUUACAUUUCGAAAGGAGAACCAAUUUGGCGUGUGGGAAAGCCGGACUGGCUGGGGAGUGGUGAUAACUAUCAUGAUCUCUGAAAGAUAA